UAAAAAAUGCAGAAUUUUUACAGCAAGCUGCUUUAGAAGAAUAUGGACCAGAACUCCAUGUUGCUUUGAGAAGCCGAAGAGAUGAACUUCACUACUUAAGAAAACUUACUGAACUUCUUUUUCCUUAUAUUUUGCCCCCAAAGUCAACAGAGUGCAGAUCCCUGGCUCUUCUGAUACGAGAGAUUCUACCUGGUUCUGUUUUCCUUCCCUCAAUGGAUUUCUUAGCUGAUCCUGACACUGUCAACCAUUUGCUGCUGAUCUUCAUUGAUGAUAGUCCACCUGAGAAAGCAACUGAACCUACUUCUUCAUUGGUUCCAUUCCUUCAGAAAUUUGCAGAGCCAAGAAAUAAAAAACCAUCUGUCCUAAAACUGGAGCUAAAGGAGAUCAGAGAUCAGCAAGACCUUUUAUUUCGGUUUAUGAACUUCCUGAAACAGGAAGGGGCAGUCCAUGUGCUGCAGUUCUGCCUGACUGUAGAGGAAUUCAAUGACAGAAUUUUGCGACCAGAACUAUCGGAUACUGAAAAGAUGUCUCUUCAUGAAGAAGUACAGAAAAUUUACAAAACUUACUGUUUGGAUGAAAGCAUUGACAAAAUUAGAUUUGACCCUUUUAUUGUGGAAGAGAUUCAAAGAAUUGCUGAAGGUCCAUAUAUGGAUGUUGUGAAACUUCAAACUAUGAGGUGUCUUUUUGAAGCUUAUGAGCAUGUACUUUCUCUACUUGAGAAUGUUUUUACGCCUAUGUUCUGUCACAGUGAUGAGUACUUCAGACACCUUUUAAGAGGAGCAGAGUCACCAACACGCAAUUCAAAGUUUAACAGGUAG